AUGUCUUCAGGCAAGUUUUUAGCCCUCUGUAAAUUCUCUAGUAAAAAGGUUGACAGUAGAUUAUUCACGCAAGUUAUAAAGUUGGAACGGUGCUUUGGGAGAAAUUUAUUUCUAAAUUAUAAUAUUGUUAAUUCCUUGUCCUCAAACACUAACAAUCAACAAUUAGUGAUCCAGGAUUAUAAAAAUCAUAAAGAUGUCACCAGCAACAGUGGUAGUAUCGGCAGUAUUGGUGAUCACAGACUGAAAACUAAAGAAAAAAAUGAUGAUACAGCGUUGUUUAAGGAAAUAAAAUCUAUGAAUACUGAACAAAUUCUAGAUCUGGUAGACAUUCAUAAUGGAAAGAGAUUGAGCCCCCAACACAUAGCGCUCUGUAUGAAGAGAUUGUAUAGCAUAUCUAUUGCCGAUACAAAUGAUAAUAAGGGUCAGGAUAUCAAUAUUGUUGAUUCAAUCUCAAAUGAUAUCAGAUUCAAGAAUCUAGCAACAUGCUCAUUGUUAUCAGGAAGGUUCCUGCCGUCUUCAGUUAUCUUCGAUAUGGUAAAAUAUUCUAUUCACUUUUCGUGCAGUCAGUCACUAUUGUACGGCCUUCUAAAGCUCCUCACUAACGUUCUUAAUGAUUUGGCUCUAGAUCAACUAGCAACACUGUCUGGACUUUUGUUUCAUUAUACCAAUGGCAAGGUUGUUUUUGAUGAUAGGUGUGAAGAGUUGAAAUAUACUAAAAUCGAGGAAUCUGAUUGGGCAGUGCUUCUAGCCAAUCAGAUUAAUCUGCUGAUGGAAGGAGUUUUUUUAUUGGUCAGAUCUAAAGAGGAACAGUUAAAAAUAUUGACAAAUGAAGAAAGACUGAAUUUAUUAAUAUGUUUUCAAAAUAAAUUGCCGUUCAGUGAAAAACUCCUGAACGACAUCAUCACGUCAUUCACCGAUCUGUCAGACGAUGAAAUGGUUUCUGGUUCUAUGGUCCAUAGAUUAAAACAUUUAAUAUCUUCAAUCAUAGAUAAAUUGACAAUUAAAGCAAAAGCACCAACAGAAAAACAUGAUGAUGAUAUCUCUAGCAUCAUUAGUUAUAUUAAGAAUCAUGUUAAUGAUAAUAAUAUGAUCUAUAAGGAAGCAUCAUUAAGUGUCAGGAUGAGCUAUUUAUUCCAACUCUACAUAGCCAACUAUGACGUCAGUGAUGACGCCGUAAAACUUUUGAAAUGCAUAAACGACAAUAACAAUAAUUAUUAUAUUAUGUCAAAUAAUAAUAAUAAUAAUAGUAAUAAUAAUAAUAGUUAUAAAAAUGGUACUGAUUAUACAUUAGUGAAUAAAGAGCAAAGGAUAGCUGUUAAGGUCUGCAGUAGUGACUGUUACUGGAUGAAUACGCAAUGCCUGAAGCCAGUCUACUCGCUUUACCAUCAUCACACCACAUCUCUUCUUCACCGUCUUCAUGAUCAGCAGCAGCGGCAGCUUCAACAACGACACCACCAGCCGAACACAGCAACAGAAAUCUUAAAAGCAUUAUUUAGAAAUAAUAAAAUACCAAUUCAGAUAAUAAUGUUGAACGAAAUGAAAUUUUGGAAGACACCUGAGAAAGAAAGAGACAAAAAAUGCAGAAACUUCGAAUAA